CUUUUUUCAUUAUUUCAUAUUAAAAAACAGUUUUUUUUUUUAUAUACAUCAUGGUUGUUCUUCCACCUUUAUUAUGCCCAACAAAAGCCAUGAUGAUGAGUCCAUCUACUGAAAAGCUACCUUCAUUGAAAUCAGUGUGUCAAGGUUGGGAGAAACAAGAAAUCAUUCAUCCUACAGUGGCUCGUCAUCAUCAUCGUGCAGUUUCCUUGCCAACCACUUUGCCUAGUAAUCCUCCUCCAUUUGCUGCCAAAAAACAAGAUGACCGUUUAUCUAUGGAAGUCUUAUUGAAAGCCAUUGCUUUGGAUCAAGAGAUGACUGAUGUAUACAAAAAAGAACGUGUCAAAAGUUUUGUUCGUGAACAACAAUGGUUACACAAGACACAACCCACGUCUUCUUUUAAACAUCAUCAUCAAAAAGAAUUACUUAGGCGAAGAUCAAGAUCAGCUCCAGGUGCUCCUAUGGCUCAUUAUUAUCAUCAUAUCGCGUUGAAUGCUACUCGUUGGUAUCUUCCCAAUCAUGGAGAUCUUCAUCCAUCUCAACGUGAUUCGUAUGAUAUUGCUCAUGCUAUUGUUCAACAACAUUUAAAAUCUGCUACUAACUAUAGAAAGUGAUUGAUUCUUUUUUUUUUUUUUU